CAUCAACGAAGCUGAUGCAAUCGUGAUUGCGCGGGGGAUAAAUCUCUCUUCAGACACCACCCCGCCAUUAGCUUCAACAAUGACGGCUUUUCUCAUCUGAAGAAACAAAACAAAAAAAACGAAUCUUUUCAUUCCUCUCAUGCCUCGAAACGACGUAGCUUCUCAGUGAGGAAGAAGAUGAUGAUGAAGUUCUUUGUCUUCUCUGUUUUGUUUGCUUUUGGUUUCUUCUCUUUCCCGUCUUCCGUCGCCGCACAACAGGAUCCGCUUAAGCUCAUAUUAGGCUCACCUAAUUUUGGAUCAUGGAAAGGUGCACUCUCAACAGAUUCGUUAGCACCAGGACCUUCAGCUGAUUUCUCUGAUUACCUCGUCUUGGCAGCUCACAGAACCAAGAGACCUGACAUUCUCAGAGCCUUUAAGCCUUACCGUGGUGGCUGGAACAUCACCAACAAUCACUACUGGGCUUCUGUUGGAUUUACAGGUGCUCCUGGUUUCAUUCUAGCUGCUGUUUGGAUCUUGUCUUUUGGUUCUCUUCUUGUUGUUUACCAUUGCUUUAAAUGGAGAGUAUGCGAGAAAGCUAAAGGAUCAUCAUACAAUUCAAGGAGAAUCUGUCUCAUCUUGUUGAUAGUCUUUACCUCUGCUGCUGCGGUAGGAUGCAUUCUUUUGUCUGUUGGACAGAAUAAGUUUCAUACUGAAGCUUUGGCUACUCUUAAGUUUGUGGUAAACCAAUCAGACUACACUGUGGGGAUCUUACAGAACGUUACUCAGUAUCUUUCCCUUGCGAAAACGAUUAACGUGACAACUAUUUCCGUUCCACCUAAUGUGUUGGGUGAGAUCGACAAGUUAAAUGUUGAUCUGAACACUGCAGCAGAGACAAUCGAAGAGAAAACAACUGAUAAUGCUGCUAAGAUUAAGAGAGUUUUCUAUGCUGUGCGAUCAGCUUUGAUCACGGUGGCUACUGUGAUGCUCAUCCUUUCUUUUCUUGGUCUUUUGCUUUCUGUUCUCCGCCAUCAACACGCUAUUCACAUAUUCGUUGUAAGCGGGUGGAUACUGGUGGCUGUGACAUUUGUUCUCUGUGGAGUCUUUCUGAUCCUAAACAAUGCAAUUUCAGAUACUUGUGUAGCAAUGAAGGAAUGGGUUGAUCAUCCUCACGCAGAAACAGCGCUAAGCAGCAUCCUCCCAUGUGUUGAUGAGCAAACAACAAACCAGACUCUUGCACAGAGCAAAGUUGUCAUCAACAGCAUCGUUACCGUUGUAAACACCUUUGUCUAUGCCUAUGCCAAUACAAACCCAUCUCCAGGUCAAAACUUCUAUUACAAUCAGUCUGGACCUCCAAUGCCUCCUCUGUGCAGCCCCUUUGAUUCAAACAUGGAAGCACGCGAGUGCGGCUCUUGGGAAUUGUCAAUACAAAAUGCAUCAUCGGUCUGGGAGAGUUUCAUAUGCGAGGUAACAGAAUCUGGAGUCUGCACAACGGUGGGGAGAGUAACGCCUGACAACUUCAAGCAGUUGGUAGCAGCUGUAAAUGAGACCUACGCUCUGGAGCAUUACACGCCACCGUUGCUUAGCUUCAGAGAUUGCAACUUUGUGAGGGAUACAUUUGAGAGUAUUACCUCGGAGUACUGUCCACCAUUGGAGCGUAACCUGAGGAUUGUGAACGCAGGACUUGGACUGAUCUCUGUUGGAGUGUUGCUGUGUUUGGUGCUGUGGGUAUUCUAUGCGAACCGCCCCCAAAGGGAGGAAGUGUUUGCGGGUCCACGCCCUCAGAUAAAAGAUAAUCAUAGCUCUGGUAACGGCUUGGAUAAUGGUCACUCAGGUGAUGAGACUACUAAGCGUUAUGCAGAGAUCGUGUAGUAUAGAGGUAUAGAUAGGUAGAAGAAUCAUAUGUAGUAUUUUCAUAUAAAAAGAUAGAUAAUAAAAAGUCAUUGUGUAGCGUUCAUGUUACAUUAGAAGUAAGAGGAGACUUAAAGUGGAGCAAAGUUUCACUUUAUGGCUUUUGUUUUUCGAUCCUUGAUUGCAAUCAACUCAUUGAACAUUUUUUUACCUCACCAGUAUUCCCAUGUUCGGACACAAUAUAAUCAUGAAUAGUCCAUUACA